AUGUCGUUUUUCAUAAGGAAAAAUGUUUCGAAACGAAAACAACCACCGGUACGCGUCAUCAACAAUCACAUCAAGAAGAAAAAGACACAAAACCUAGCCGACGACGAGAUCUCUUCCGACUCCAGUGAGUCCGACCACGAUGACCGACAACCGUAUUCGUCCGAAUCGGAGAGCGAAAAGUUUAUCACGGCGGGUGAGAAAAAAGUUCAACUCGCCAAGAAGUAUUUGAGUGAGAUUGAGGAAGAGGAGCGCCGACGUUUAGAGGAUGAGGACGACGAUGAACAAGUAAACAAAAAUGUUCUGAAACGUUUAAAAGACGAUGCCCUAGAUCAAAAGGGGCAAUUGAAAACAAAAUUGGCCGACGGGUUAUCGUUUCCAACCGACAUUGUUGAGAUGCGAAACAGAAACCACGCCAAGGCCAUUACUUGCACGGUUAUAUCACCCGAUGACAAGUAUGCGUAUUCCUGUUCAAAAGAUUCUUCCAUAGUACAGUGGGACUUAGAAACCUGUAAAGUACACAAGUCUUUGAGCUACAAUCGAAAAAGACCACAACACAAUCCGACUCACCACAACUAUCCAGUCUUAUCUCUUGCCGUUUCAGACAACUAUUUAGUAUCUGGAGACAAUUCUGGUCUUAUUGUGGUCCGAAAUCCAAUCACGUUGGAUUAUAUAGGGUCGUUGACAGGCCACAAAGAUGGUGUUACCGGCUUGACAAUUUGCAACGAAUCAAAUCAACUGUUCAGUUGCUCAAAAGAUAAAAGUGUCAAGGUUUGGAAUCUUGUUGACAUGUGCUACGUUGAAACACUUUUUGGCCAUCAGACUGAAGUCACUUGCAUGGACAUGUUACAAAAGGAUCGUGUAGUAACAGCCGGAGGUUUGGAGAAUAUAGUUAGAGUGUGGAAGAUACAGGAUGACACACAGUUGAUAUUCAAUGGAACAGGUGGUUCAAUAGAUACUAUUCAAAAAAUUGACAGUGCCCAUUUUGUCACAGGCAGCGAUAAUGGUGUUGUCAGUGUUUGGGGAACACUGAAGAAAAAACCAUUGUGUAAUGUCGAAAAUUCACACGGAAUUAACAAUACUAAUGACCAACCCAAUUGGGUAUCUGCAGUUGGAGCUUUAGCAAAUUCAGACCUGAUAGUGUCAGGAAGCAACGACGGAACUAUUAAGUUUUGGAGGUGCACAAACAAUUAUAAGUCAUUACUACCAUUAUUCAAUGUUCCUGUUAAAGGUUUUAUAAAUGGACUUGUAUUCACAAAUGAUGGUAGUAGAUUGAUUGUAGCCAUUGGCAAUGAACAUAGAUUUGGCAGAUGGCACGAUGUAACUGGUGUGAAAAACAGCUUGCAUGUAAUUAAACUGAACUUUAUUAAAAAAUAA